AUGCAUUUCCUCACAGCAGCUAAGCUGCUGCUCUCGGCCAGCUUGUUCGGCGCCGCCGCCGCUCACAACAUCGUGCUCCCCGCCCACGGCCGCGAAUGCUUCCACGAGAACCUCCACCGCGAUGAUAAGAUGACGGUGACCUUCCAGGUCGGCGACCGCGAGUUUGGCAGCGCCGGCAACCUCGACAUCGAUUUCUGGAUCACCAACCCCCUAAACCAAUACGAGACGUUUGAAAAGUCCAUCUCCAACGGUGACUUCUCGUUCGAGGCCAAGCACGACGGCAAGUACGUGUACUGCUUCGGAAACGAGCACUGGGGCGCCAACACCAAGGAGGUGUCGUUCAACGUGCACGGCAUCGUGUACAUUUCCGAGGCGGACGCGCCCCAGGACCCGCUCGAGAUCGAGGUGCGCAAGCUGUCGGAGAUGCUGGAGAUGGUCAAGGACGAGCAGAGCUACAUUGUCGUGCGCGAGCGCACCCACCGUAACACGGCCGAGAGCACCAACGCCCGCGUCAAGUGGUGGAACCUGUUUAUCGUCGGCGUUGUGAUGGGAGAGUCCCUGUUCCAGGUCUGGUGGUUGAGGAGGUUCUUUGAGGUCAAGCGGGUCAUCUAA